AUCCUCUAUUUCUCCCUGAAAAUGGGGAAUGGGUUUCUUAUUAGCUUUGCUUGUGCUUUUGUUAUUCUGAUUUCAUGGCUUCAUCAAGUUGAGUUAUCUGAAGUGAAUGGUGGCUGUGAUUUUUUCAAUGGGAGUUGGGUUGAAGAUGAUACUUACCCUCUCUACGAAAAUUCCAAGUGUCCCUUAAUCACGAAAGGUUUUGAUUGUCAAGCAAAUGGACGCCCUGAUAAACUCUACCUAAAAUAUAAAUGGAAGCCAACUGCUUGCUCAUUGCCAAGAUUUAAUGGUGAGGAUUUCUUGAGGAAGAUGAAGGGAAAAAAGAUCUUGUUCGUUGGGGACUCUAUAAGCUUGAAUAUGUGGCAAUCAUUGACAUGCAUGGUUCAUGUAGCUGUACCACAAGCAAAAUACACUUUAAAAAAUCACGGAAACCUAACAACCUUUGCUUUGCCGGACUUUGAUAUUUCGUUGGAAUAUUCCCACAAUGUGUUUCUAGUUGAUCUCGUGCAAGAAGAUAUAGGCACUGUUUUAAAACUCGACUCCAUUGAAAAUGGCAAUUAUUCAUGGAAAGGAUAUGAUGUCCUCAUCUUUAAUACAUGGCAUUGGUGGCUUCAUACAACAGCAGGAAAGAAUCAACCAUGGGAAUUCAUAGAAUCGAGAGGGAAGAUAGUGAAAGAUAUGGAUCGAUUGGCUGCCUUUAAGGAGGGACUAACCACAUGGUCGAAAUGGGUUGAUUCCAAUGUUGAUCCUCAAACUACAAAAGUAUUCUUUCAGGGCAUCUCUCCAGUCCAUUACGCUGGCAAGCAAUGGAAUGGUCCAGCUUCAGCAACAUGUCAAGGCGAAACCACACCACUGAAUGGGACAACAUAUCCAGGAGGUUUACCACCAGCAGUAGACGUAGUGAAGGAAGUGUUGAAAAGCAUGUCAAAGCCUGUUACUUUGCUGGAUAUAACGAUGCUUUCGCUGCUGAGGAAAGAUGGCCAUCCCUCUGUUUAUGCUGGAACCAAGGGAAAUGACUGUAGCCAUUGGUGUCUUGCUGGAGUUCCUGAUUCUUGGAAUGAAAUUCUCUAUGUAUUUCUUUCAAAUGGGGCAACGAUUUAA